AUGACUCCGACAGAUUUUGCGGCAGCCCAAGAGCGCAUUUUAGAACGUCGCCGUCUCCGUGAAGCCGAGGCGCGCAAUCAAAUAUCCGAGCCUGUCGCUCGUCUUCCUGCAGCUGUUAGAAAACUUCCUUACCCGCUCUCAAGAGCCUCCGAUGCUGGAAUUCUGCUAUGGGAUACAAUAAAGGGGAGAGAAGGCACGGGACCCGCGUUUAGGGUGGGACAGGUAGACGCGGAGUUGUUGGAUGAGGAGCUCCUCGCGCUCUUGAAAGGGCAAGUUGGGGAAGGAUUGAAGUAUUUUGGAACCCACAUAAAGGAGGAUUGGACGCACGAGAUACAAUUUGCAUUGCGGGCAAUCCUCUUCAAACUCUCCGUGUGGGAUCACAAUGCGUCGUACGGCGCCGCUCUACAAAACCUCAAAUAUACCGAUAGUCGAAAAAGGAGUCCUACCCUCUCCGAUCCGACAAAAUGGCAAAAAUCAUUGUACGGCAUCUUCACAGUCGGGGGUCGUUAUGCGUGGGAUAAAUGGGAGAGCUGGUUGAUUGACCAGGAAGGCGGAUAUGAUGAGCCACCCUCACAAGUACGACUGUUGUCUCGAGUUACAAAGGUCAUUUCAACCACACACUCCAUCGCUGGCUUCAUUUCAUUUCUUGUUUUUCUCACCAACGGACGAUAUAGAACGCUAAUUGAUCGCGUCCUGCGUAUGCGCCUCGCACCUCCAUCUACCCAAGUCAGCCGCGAAGUAUCAUUUGAGUAUUUGAAUAGACAACUCGUGUGGCACGCGUUUACAGAAUUUUUGUUAUUCUUACUUCCUCUUGUCGGUAUCGGACGAUGGCGACGCUGGGUCUCCCGGGCUUGGAGGAGAACAAUGUCGUCGCUAAAAGCAGCUGAUGAAGGGGCGGUGCAGGCUAAAAGCAAAGGAGACUUGGCUUUUCUGCCCGAAAGGACCUGCCCGAUUUGUUAUCAGGAGAAGAAUCCAACAGCCACCUCCGAAAAUGAGGUGCUAGGUGCAUCUGGAGCCUUAGGAGGGAUAAUAGGCUCUGCACAGACUGAUGUUGUAAAUCCCUAUGAGACUAUGCCAUGCGGAUGCGUAUAUUGCUUUGUCUGCAUCGCCGAGAAACUUGAAGCGGAGGAGGGAGAAGGUUGGAUUUGUCUUCGAUGCGGAGACCUUGUUAAGCAGUGCAAACCCUGGAGCGGUGAUGUUCUCGAGGAGGCAGUGCCGCCACAUUCAACAACUGGGAAAAAUGUGGGAUUUGCAGACAUUCCAGACGAUGAAUCCGAAGUCACAGCCCACAUUGGAAGUACACCAGCAGUGUUCACCGAAGGCGACGAUAGCAUGCAGGAAUCAAAUCAGUGGUCGGCAGUCGAGAAAGAUUUAACUGACGACACGAGUAUGGGAAUCUGA